AUGGCUCUCAACUUCUCGAUCUACACCUGUCAGCCCAUUCCAACCAGCGCCGCAAGUCCAGACCCCUCUUCUCGGGACGCUGGCCUGUGGUCGCCUCUCUCGAUCACUCUAUUAUACACUGAGACGUCUGCGCUUUUGGUGGAUUGCCCUGCUAGUAUCAAAGCUACACACGAGGUAGCAGUAUGGGUCAAGUCUCAGCUGUCCGCUAGCAGCACUUUGAAAUACUUCAUCUGCACGCACGCCCAUGGAGACCAUUUCUUGGGUCUUCCUGUCUUGGAGGAACACUUUCCAGGACUCAAGGCCUAUGCCACUCAAUCCGUGGUUGAGGGAAUCAACCAGCAACAGUCACCUGCCAUUAUGGACGCGCUCUGGAAAAAGAACUUUCCCCCAUCCGAGGAUGGCACCGGCCUGCCCGAGGCCAAGUCAGUUUUCGAGGCUCUCCCAGGAUCAAACGAAUUCAUCAUCGACGGCCAUAUGCUCACGCUACAUGAUGUUUCCCAUGGCGAUACCCACGCUAACUCGUUCAUUCAUGUUCCUGAGUUAGAUCUCGUAGCGGCAGGCGAUAUAGUCUAUAACGGCGAUUGUCACCAGUGGCUAGGCGAGGCGUCCGACACCCAGAAGCGACGGAAAUGGCUCAUGGCUUUGGAGCAGAUUGGUGAUAUGAAGCCCAAGAUUAUUGUUCCAGGACAUACAUUUACCCCCUCCUUGAUUCCUGAUGAGAAUGUAGCGGCCGAUUACAUCAAUGGGUUUGCGGAGGAGCUUGAGGUUGCUACGAGCGAGGGGGAUCUCUUCAACAGGAUUCGCUCCCGAUAUGACCGGUGGAAUCUGUUCUUGCUUGCUGGAGGCUCUCGUGCUGGAUGGGCAAAUAAGGAUUUCUAA